UAGAUGCCCGCAGGGGAGAGGACAACUCCAGCUGAACUGAUGCGUCUCGGCACCUGAUACCAGGCUCAGGUUCUGACAUGAAGAAAGAUAUAGAGUCUUUAAUAGCCCAGGAAAAAGCAGAGAUUGUUGCCAAGUAUGAGAAGGGCAGGCAGGAAGGAGCUCAGAUUGACCCCUGGGAAGAUGCCGAUUUCACGCUGUAUAAAGUUACAGACCGGUUUGGAUUCUUGCAUGAGCAGGAGCUGCCGACCCGCACGGCCUUGGAGGAGAAGCAAAAACAGCAGGAAAUCGAACGUGUGGACAAGUGGCUGAAGAUGCUGAAGAAAUGGGGCAAAUACAGAAACAGUGACAAGAUGUGCCGGCGAGUGUACAAAGGGAUCCCACUUCAGGUGCGAGGCCAGGUCUGGUCGCUUCUGCUGGAUGUUGAGAAGAUGAAGAAGGAGAAUGAAGGAAAAUACGAGCAAAUGAAAGAACAAGCAAAGAGCUGUUCAUCAGAAAUCAAGCAGAUUGAUUUGGACGUUAACCGCACCUUCCGAAACCACAUCAUGUUUCGGGAUCGCUAUGGAGUGAAGCAACAGGCACUCUUCCAUGUCCUGUCAGCAUACUCGGUUUAUAACACUGAAGUGAGCUACUGCCAAGGGAUGAGCCAGAUCGCAGCCAUCCUCCUGAUGUACUUAAACGAAGAGGAUGCAUUUUGGGCACUGGCACAACUGCUGACCAACCAGCGGCAUGCCAUGCAUGGUUUUUUCAUUCCUGGGUUCCCGAAGUUGCAGAGAUUUCAAGCUCACCACGAGCAGAUAUUAAGCAAACUGUUUCCCAAACUGAAGAAACACAUGGACAAGGAGCAGAUGACUACGGGGAUUUACACGACCAAGUGGUUCCUGCAGUGUUUCAUUGACCGGACCCCCUUCACCCUCACCUUGCGGCUGUGGGAUAUCUACAUCCUGGAAGGAGAGCGGGUGCUGACAGCCAUGGCUUACACCAUCCUCAAACUGCACAAAAAGCGCUUGCUGAAGAUGACACUGGAAGAUUUACGGGAAUUUCUGCAGGAGAAAAUUGCUGCUUCCCUGCAAUACGAGGAUGAUGCCGUCAUCGAGCAACUGCAGGUGUCGAUGACCGAACUGCGCAAGAUGAAAUUUGACCUCCCCCCACCAGCAAAGCCUGAGGAGUUCCCGCGGAAACCUCUGGGCCUGGAGCUCUCCCUCAACCCAGUAGCAAUGAAGGGCAACAUGGCGGCCAACGGCCAGAACGGNNGGGUGGGCGAGCACCCUCUGGAGAGGGAGCCCCAUCAACACAGAGGUCCUGGGGCUCCAGGAGGAACAACAGAGGUGAGGACUCCCACCCUCCAGGGCAGUGAAGCAGCUGAAGCAAUGGACAUCCACCUGCAUCCUCCUGGCAGGGGGCUGCUGGGAGAGGAGGGACAGGUGGAGCCCACUGGCGAUGGGCAGCCGCCAUGUCUUCUGAAGGCAAGAGAACAAGCAUCUUCCCUCUGCAGAGAGAAAGCGCUCAAUGUACCCCCUCAUCCUCUGCCGGGCGGCUGGCAGCGGCUCUCUGGCGCAUCGCAGCACGAUGGCUCCCCUGAGAGCGAGCACGGGAAGGAGACGGCCGAGAAGCGCUGCAGAGCGGCGCUGCUGGACAAAACAGACUUGAAGUGCUUGGCAUCCAAAGCUGCAUCCACGGGGGAGCUUGCCAGCCUGCAGCAGAACAGGCCAGGGAGUGCCACCAGCACCACGCACUGGCCGGAGGGCUUGGGCGCGCUGCCUGCAUACGGGCUGGCGGGCGGCAGCGUGCCCAUCUUAUCCGGCACCGAGUCGGAGGCAGCGGGGCUGCGUGAGGGCUGCCCCUUCCAGCAGGCGCCGUCCCCCAAGGUGGGGGGGAACAGCCCCUACACCGUUAUCAAAACCACCACUCCCCUCCACCUGGCCCAUGCCAUGGAGCAGGACUUCUUGAACAGAAAGCAGGUGGCAUUGCCUCUGCCGGAGACUGGACAUCCCCUGCCUGCCAUCUCCAUGCUACCACCUCAUGCGCUGGACCCGGAGGAGGAUUUUUGCCUCCAGAAACCAUUAAAUGCACUGAAAACCCCACAACCCACCCUGAGCCCCAAACCAAAAUUAUCAGCACAGGUUGUCAAGUCCCACUCAGAGAACAGUUUCCUAUCAGGGUCUCCUCCCCUGGCAAAGCUGCCCAAAUCAGUGACGUUUUAG